CAGACAUUUUAUUGGACAGUAUACAUACAUAUAUAUACAUAUUUAUGCACACAUAUGUGUACUUGUAUGAAGUAGGUGUUAUAUGGAAAAUCAAAGCAGGUAAAUACCAUUUAGGUUUAUAUAUUGUUGCUAUUUUAGGUAACUUGGUCAAUGAAAACCUCCCUAAGUAGUGUCAUUUGAACCCGGAUCUCAGUGACAUUAGUAAGCCUAUGUUCAGGAGCCUAUAAAACACUGCAUUAUUUCUCUCAUGAGAAAAAAAAAAAUGUGCUGAUCAACAAAAGUAGGCAGGAUGUUAAUCCACAAGGCAAAUUCCAUCUGUACUUGUAGAUAGCAGGAAACUUGCCUGCUGUGUAAAGCUGAUUUGUUGCUGGUGUUUUUCCUCUCCUUGGUCUCAUGCUGUCACUCGCCUCUCCCUUUCCACCUCAUCUCUCUAUACCACUUCUCAAACCAUUCUCCUGACCUCUUUAGGCUGAAUUUCAGUAUUUAACUACAUUUCCUCUUUUAAUCUCUUAUUCCUUCUUUUAAGCAACUAAUUGCAUGUGGUAUCUCUCACUGAGUAACUCAAUGCCCCAAACAGGAGUAGAUGACAAUUUCAACCUUCUUUAGCUGUGCUAGACUUUGAGGACUCUUUCUAUUGAGUUUUUUGGCAGGAAAUCAAUCAAUAUUGAUUGAGUACCAACCAUACAUCAGGCUCAGUUUAGGAGCCAUGGACAAAGGCAAAAUCUCUGUCUUAAAACAGUUAAAUUAUAAUUUCAGAAGACAAGCAAUAAAAUCAUAAAUAAACAACUUUUGUAUGUUGUUGAUGUGAUGGUGAGUAUAUGUGGAGAUUUCUUAGUAUUUAAGCUGUUGCCCUCUUAGUAAAAUUGUACAUAUAAAUGUAAUAAUAAUCCCUUCUCAUGAAGUCAUUCUCAAAGUAAUUGACCAGUUAUUAGUGGCCUCACUACACCAUAGAAUAUGGUAGCCACCGGCCACAUGUGACCAUUUAAAUUAAAAUUAAAUAAAAGUUUCCAACUCACACUAGCCACAUUGCACAUAGCCACAUGUAUCUGAUAACUACCACCUCAGAAAGCACAGAUAUGAAGAUGUUCUUCAUUGCAGCAAUUUCUGUUGAACAGCACUGGUCUAGAUAGCAUAAGGCUAAUGGGAAUUUUUCAUCAAUGGUAAGAACAGUGGUUAACAAUUUUGGUGUCAGGCAUUUUACAUGAGUUUAACUUACAUAAUCCUCAAAAACCCCUAUGAGAUACUUCCUGCUACUAGACCCAUCUUACAAAUUAGGGAAGAGACACACCUACCUUUAAAAUUCAAUAUCGGUCAAGUAAUAAGAAAUGCUAAGAACUGAAAGCAGACAGUCUGGUGCCAGCACCUACCCUUUUAUCAAAUAUCAUGAUGUCUUGGUAUGAAGAAGAUGAAAAGAGUGAAGAAGAGUUUUGUGUGGCAGAAAGAGCCUCCAUAGAAAUAAGAAGUGGCCAGUUUUGUCAAUGUCUUUGGCAAAUAUCACCUUUUUGGAUCUCUCUGAUUCAUCCAAGAUAAGUUUAUUGCCUAAAUGGGGCUGUGCAGGCAGAAUCAUGGAAUGCUAGAACUUAAGAGAACUUUGUACCUCUCAAAUAAAAUAUUUCACAAAUGAAGAAACUCAGACAUUCACAGGUUACCUGACUUACCCAGGGUAAUAGAGUAGUUAUGACCACAGCCAAAAUUAGACUGCAAGUUUCCUGCAUGUGUGUGUGCAUGUGUCUUUACACAUGGCCCCCUUGGCACCAAGGACAUAAAAUUCCCUGAUGUAUUAUUUGUUAGUUUAAAGAUAUACUAAUCUUGGGAAGUGGUUUUCUUCUUCCCAAAACGCUAUGUGUUGACUUUUUAAUAAAUUCACUUUCUUUUUUGCCUAGUCUUUUUUUCUUUUACCCACCGAAUCUUGCAUUCCUCCUUUAUCAUGACAACAGUGCUUCACAAUCCAGUUACAUAGACAAUUAUUUCCUGUUGGAAGGUAAAGAAAUUCAUAGCAGCUCGAGUUCUUACACACAUUACUAGAAAUUUGAAAAAUAUAUAGGCUCCACUAUCACUUUGCCUAUCUACGAAUUUUGGUGUGCAUUUUUUUUUUCUAAGAGUGUUUCUCCCAGUAUUGCCUCACCACCCUUGCCAGCCACCAAGAUGCACGCAAAGAAAGCACUGUUGCAGAAUGAGUUUUCAUCGAGCUUUUAGUUUCUGUUCCACUGCAAAGGAGUCACAUGCGCUCAGAACAUAAAGUAGUCUGACUAGCGUUGACAACCUCAAGACAGCACCGGGCUGGGGCACUGCAGAAGCUUCUUGCCUUCUUCCGCAACCAAGCAAGACUUCAGUUCGAGCCCGCACCCGGCUUCAUCAACCGCAAAGUAGAGCGAGUCCAGUCCGAGGGAAUCCGGCUCAGGCUUUGCCGGCACGGUGAGGAAGGUGGCAGGCGACAGGCUGAGCUCCACUGGACACAGCCAACUGGCCCGAGGCGCGCGUUGUGCACUCCCAGCGUCCUGGUCUGGCGCGCCGCGGGAGGCAGGCGCGCUGCCACUCUGCCGCCGCUUCUUUCCCUGGUCUCUCUCGCCUGGACUUCAGCGGGCAAACCCACAGCCGGUCUCCGCCUUCCGCCCUGGGCGCUGAUCUCCCUCCAAUCCUUGCUUACAUAAGGCAGGCGGGCGUGCUCCACAGCCGGUUACUCCCCAGCGGAGUUAGGCUGCGCGCUCUACGCCUCCUUGGCGAGCUCCUUUGCGUACCCGUGAGCCCUACUCUAUGGUGUGACCCUCCUUGGCCAUCCAGCAGCGACAGCCCGGGCAUCUCUCUGCCGGCGUGAGAACACUGAGACUGGAGACCAGAGCGCCAGGCGGUGCACAAGCUUUCUCCCUCCGUUCCCUCCUCCUCCCACUCCCCCCCACCCCCGCUUCAACCCCCACCCCCACCCCCAGUGCCUGUGUGUGUUCCUCACAGGCGAGGAGACCCGGAGAGCAGUUCAGACUCGGAGCGCGGCGGAGCUGCGGCUGCUCCUACUGCUGGGGGGAGCAGCGGAGGUGGCCGCCUAGCGCCUCCCUGGACUUCCCAAGUGGGGGCAGAGAAGUCGCUCUCGGGAGACGUCAGUUAGAAGGCAUUGGGGAAGAGGGACCUUCAAACUCCUCCUCGGCGUCUCCUCUCCUCCCCCUUUGGCCCCUGCCCUUGGAGAAAGUGGAGUGUGGCGCUUGGUUGUCGUUAUUUCUUCGGACUGCUUCUCGGUGCACGGAUUCAGCUGCUGCCCAGUGGGGCUUUCCGCUGUUUGCGCGUCUCUCUGUUCCCCCCCUCCCCCGGCACACCUCUAUCUACGAUGAGGAAAGGUCUGCGGGCGACAGCGGCCCGCUGCGGACUGGGACUGGGAUACGUGCUACAAAUGCUCGUGCUACCUGCCCUGGCCCUGCUCAGCGCCAGUGGCACUGGCUCCGCCGCCCAAGAUGACGACUUUUUUCAUGAACUUCCAGAAACUUUUCCUUCUGACCCACCUGAGCCUCUGCCACAUUUCCUUAUUGAGCCUGAAGAAGCUUAUAUUGUAAAGAAUAAGCCUGUGAACCUGUACUGUAAAGCCAGCCCUGCCACCCAGAUCUAUUUCAAGUGUAAUAGUGAGUGGGUUCAUCAGAAGGACCACAUAGUAGAUGAAAGAGUAGAUGAAACUUCGGGUCUUAUUGUCCGGGAAGUGAGCAUUGAAAUUUCGCGCCAGCAAGUGGAAGAACUCUUUGGACCUGAAGAUUACUGGUGCCAGUGUGUGGCCUGGAGCUCAGCGGGUACCACAAAGAGCCGGAAGGCGUACGUGCGCAUUGCCUAUCUACGGAAGACAUUUGAGCAGGAACCCCUAGGAAAAGAAGUAUCCUUGGAACAAGAAGUCUUACUCCAGUGUCGACCACCUGAAGGGAUCCCAGUGGCUGAGGUGGAAUGGUUGAAAAAUGAAGACAUAAUUGAUCCCGUUGAAGAUCGGAAUUUUUAUAUUACUAUAGAUCACAACCUCAUCAUAAAGCAGGCCCGCCUCUCUGAUACUGCCAAUUAUACCUGUGUUGCCAAAAACAUUGUUGCCAAGAGGAAAAGCACAACUGCCACUGUCAUAGUCUAUGUCAACGGUGGCUGGUCCACCUGGACAGAGUGGUCUGUGUGUAAUAGCCGCUGUGGACGAGGGUAUCAGAAACGUACAAGGACUUGUACCAACCCGGCACCACUCAAUGGGGGUGCCUUCUGUGAAGGACAGAGUGUGCAGAAAAUAACCUGUACUACAUUAUGCCCAGUGGAUGGCAGGUGGACAUCAUGGAGCAAGUGGUCUACUUGUGGAACUGAGUGUACCCACUGGCGCAGGAGGGAGUGUACAGCACCAGCCCCCAAGAAUGGAGGCAAGGACUGCGACGGCCUCGUCUUGCAAUCCAAGAACUGCACUGAUGGGCUUUGCAUGCAGAGUUUCAUUUAUCCCAUUUCAACCGAACAGAGAACUCAGAAUGAAUAUGGAUUUUCUUCUGCUCCUGAUUCAGAUGAUGUUGCUCUCUAUGUUGGGAUUGUGAUAGCAGUGAUCGUUUGCCUGGCCAUCUCUGUAGUUGUGGCCUUGUUUGUGUAUCGGAAGAAUCAUCGUGACUUUGAGUCAGAUAUUAUUGACUCUUCAGCACUCAAUGGGGGCUUUCAGCCUGUGAACAUCAAAGCAGCAAGACAAGAUCUGCUGGCAGUACCCCCAGACCUCACGUCAGCUGCAGCCAUGUACAGAGGACCUGUCUAUGCCCUGCAUGACGUCUCAGACAAAAUUCCAAUGACCAACUCUCCAAUUCUGGAUCCACUGCCAAACCUGAAAAUCAAAGUGUAUAACACCUCAGGUGCUGUCACCCCCCAAGAUGAGCUCUCUGAGUUUACGUCCAAGCUGUCCCCUCAGAUGACCCAGUCGUUGCUGGAGAAUGAAGCCCUCAACCUGAAGAACCAGAGUCUAGCAAGACAGACUGAUCCAUCCUGUACCGCAUUUGGCAGCUUCAACUCGCUUGGAGGUCACCUUAUUGUUCCCAAUUCAGGAGUCAGUUUGCUGAUUCCCGCUGGGGCCAUUCCUCAAGGGAGAGUCUAUGAAAUGUAUGUGACUGUUCACAGGAAAGAAACUAUGAGGCCUCCCAUGGAUGACUCUCAAACACUCUUGACCCCUGUGGUGAGCUGUGGGCCCCCAGGAGCCCUGCUCACCCGCCCUGUCAUCCUCACUAUGCAUCACUGCGCAGACCCCAAUACCGAGGACUGGAAGAUACUGCUCAAGAACCAGGCAGCACAGGGACAGUGGGAGGAUGUGGUGGUGGUUGGAGAAGAAAACUUCACUACCCCUUGCUACAUUCAGCUGGAUGCAGAGGCCUGUCACAUCCUCACAGAGAACCUCAGCACCUACGCCCUGGUCGGGCAUUCCACCACCAAAGCGGCUGCAAAGCGCCUGAAGCUGGCCAUCUUCGGGCCCCUGUGCUGCUCCUCCCUGGAGUACAGCAUUCGAGUCUACUGUCUGGAUGACACCCAGGAUGCCCUGAAGGAAGUUUUACAUCUUGAGAGACAGUUGGGAGGACAGCUCCUAGAAGAACCUAAGGCUCUUCAUUUUAAAGGCAGCACCCACAACCUGCGCCUGUCAAUUCACGAUAUCGCCCAUUCCCUCUGGAAGAGCAAAUUGCUGGCUAAAUAUCAGGAAAUUCCUUUUUACCAUGUCUGGAGUGGGUCUCAAAGAAACCUGCACUGCACCUUCACUCUGGAAAGAUUUAGCCUGAACACAGUUGAGCUGGUUUGCAAACUCUGUGUGCGGCAGGUGGAAGGAGAAGGGCAGAUCUUCCAGCUCAACUGCACCGUGUCAGAGGAACCUACUGGCAUCGAUUUGCCGCUGCUGGAUCCUGCGAACACCAUCACCACUGUCACGGGGCCCAGUGCUUUCAGCAUCCCUCUCCCUAUCCGGCAGAAGCUCUGUAGCAGCCUGGAUGCCCCCCAGACGAGAGGCCAUGACUGGAGGAUGCUGGCCCAUAAGCUAAACCUGGACAGGUACUUGAAUUACUUUGCCACCAAAUCCAGCCCAACUGGUGUAAUCCUGGAUCUUUGGGAAGCACAGAACUUCCCAGAUGGAAACCUGAGCAUGCUGGCAGCUGUCUUAGAAGAAAUGGGAAGACAUGAAACAGUGGUGUCCUUAGCAGCAGAAGGGCAGUAUUAACCACCACGCUGGAAGGGGAAACCAAGGACGACACUGCACAGGGGUCUGUGGCCAUCCAGGGGAAUCACAGCUGAGGAGGAAAUCCAGACGCGACCACUGCACUUCAGAGGCAAGACUGCAGCAGCCGGAAGGAAAACAGAUACAACUGCCAAUGUACAUGCCCACUUUACUUGGACAUCAGCACGGGAGUUAAGAAAAAUUGUGUAAAUUUGUACCUUGAAUUUAGCUAUCAACCUAAUUUUCCUCUUAGUUGGGCUGUAUGCUGUGUGGUACAGGAUCUUACAGUUUCCUAGGAAACGCUUUUUAUUGCUAUCCAGAUAUAUGGAUAAACUUUCUUAACAAACCCAAUUUCUACAAAUGUUGUUUACAUCAAAUUGGACAGGGAUGCAGACACUGUCCAUGGCUGGUUCUAUUUUUGUUCAAAUCAUUUGAAGUUGAAGCUGUGGACGGUUUGUUGUGUCUAUUUCAGAUUAGUAAUUUACAGAGAAAUCACAGACUUUUGGUACAAAUUGUGUGCAUCAAGUGUCUCAGAUAAUCUUCCCAUCAGUGUUCUGUUUCUAGAACUUGUAGAACCAGUGUUACUGUUUGUAUCAGGGAAGUGGAGAAUCUAAGUGUAAAAAAGAAAUAACUAAGACUCCUAUUCCUUGGAGGGACCCUUCUGGUGCCCUUUGAGAAUAAAGUUGUAGCAUUGCAGGGAAGACAGUGGUUCAUGUUCAAGCAUUUUUUCACAAUAUGUGUGUUUAUAAUAUGCAAUAUGAAGUGUUUUUUUAAAAAAAGGUAUAUUAUUGAUGAGUAUUUACAGGUAUUUUAGUAAAAGGGUUUUCUUUUAACUUCUAUUUUUGUUAGCAGUACUGUUAGUAUUUGGGUAUUGACUAGACCUGCCCCACCUUCUCACCUAUCAAGGUGGUUAUGGUCAUCAUUUUAAUUCAACCUGCUUUGGUUCCUUGACCUUUUACCUUUCCUUCCCUCCCCUCAUUCCACCCAGGAAAGUGAUAAAUGCUCACUGGCUUUGUUGGUCUGUUCCUUCAGCUUGCUCAAGCAGAGCCUUUCUUCUCUGAGUCUUUCCAUGAGAUGUGUUCUCUGUUCAGGUCACUUAAUAGUGCCGUUGUGUGGCCCCACGUUGACUCCCCAUGGUGCUCUGUCCGCUUCAGAGGCAGUGUGGUUGAAGGAAUGGACUCUGAACUGGAGAUCAGGAAACCAGUUCUCACUGUGGGUCUGUCACUGUCUCCUUGCGCCACCUUGGGAAAAGCGGUUAAACACACUGGAACUCGGUCUCCUCACCUAGGAAGUGAAGGGCUGGGAUUAGAUCAUCUCAAGGUUCUGAAAUGCUAAACUUCCACCGUGAUGCCUCCAGUCUCAUUCAUUCAUCAGUCUAAAGACCACAAUACACUCUGACCAAGAUCGUGUAAAAUAAUCGCUGGUCUUUUGCCCAGGCUUUGUUAUGCCUUUCAAAUAGUUCUGACAUGGAAGAUGAUUAUUCUACCUGCAAUAUGUUUGUUUGGCUUGAGUCGCUCUGCAUCAUUGCAUUAUGCAGUUCACUGAGAGAUGGCAGCCCUUUAUUUUCUUAGCCUAUCUUGGGACACCCCCAUUCCCAGCCUUCCUGACUGCUUGCAAAUUCUACUUUACUAUUUUCUUGGCAUCUUGAUAUCAAGGCCACUCCUACAAGUUUAUCUGGCAGUAGGAACUUGGUGCAUUUUUACUAUGCCCCCCCACCUUAAUCUUUUGCUGUUACAAUAUUGAGUAGCAUUUAUAAAGGUUUUCUAGUUAGCUGUUUUUUAAAAUGUUAUCCUGCAAAAUGUUAGUCAACAAACUACUUUAUGUAAACUACUAUGUCUCCUUGGGACCAUCACAAGCUCUUUAACACAAGGACUCAAUUCAUUCAGCAGGUGGGGAUUAAAGAGUCAAAGCCCAGUAUCAAAACCAAAGCUGAAGAACAAGCAGACAUGUGUUUGAAUCAGAACCUUUAGAACACGACUGUGGCUUACUUUGAGGCUGGAGGCACACACGCUGCUGAACAGAUUUGAAUUACACCUUUUCUUUCAUCUUUCCACGUUUCCACUCCGUUUUGGUAGCAUCUUGAUAGUCCCUUGAUGACUCCUCCAUCCUCAUCUCUGAGGACUGCUGAUACCUUGCUAUGGAGCCUCUUCUUUCAUGAUUUUUGUUCCUCAUCUUCUGUUUUAGACAUAUAUUCUACAAAAUGUCUCUCAGGCCACCCCCUGCAUUUGGAUUUCCAUAGUUAACAUACAUGUACACUGGGGAAGGGAGAGAUUGCACUAGUAAACAAGUUCAGUGGAUGUUUGUAGCAAUGAGGAAAACUAAACUAAAAUCAUAUAUACACACACAAUUAUACUUUUUUAAAGGAAGAGGAGGAGAGAGAUCUAUUGUCCAUUCCUAUAUUUUGAAAUAAACUUUCAAGAUUACUCUUCAGUAUCGAGGCUGUGGCAUCAUCUAUGGAAAUCAAGAACUAGAAUCUGAACUGAAUGCUCAAACUUCUAUGCUUAGUAAAAACUAGAGGGGAGCAACUAUGUAGCUAUGAAGAUGAAUCAAUUCCAUAACUGUUACUAAAAACUUUUUGACUGAAAAGUCACCAACACAGAAAUACUGAACACAAACAGUAACUGUUUUACUUAAGUCAUUGAGAACCUGUGAGGGACACUUCAGAUACUUUUUGGUUCAACCCCCUACCACCAGAAAAGGGAAAAGUGAUUUAUUUCUUGUGAGGUACUCACCUGUCAUAGAUUAACUCCUCUGUUUCCUCCCAAGUGAAUGACAACAACUUCCAUACAUACACUAUUUAUACCAAAUAAUCUUCACUACAAAUUCUGAUUUCCUUCUCCUUUGGAGUAAAGUAAUAAUAGCUGUUAGACUGCCUGCAAAGUUAGAAGGUCCAGACACAAUAGUUCAUUUCAUAGGAAGUCACUGCAUCCACCAUUCUAUGUGAUAUGCUCUGCUUCUUUCUACACCACUUGAGAGGCAAGUUUGGCUGGCUUCAUUUGGAUAGGAAAAAACUAUCAUUUGUGCAUGCUGCCAUCUAGUGGCCUGCAACACAAUCCACCUGAGUUUAAUACAAUUCACUAGAAGUUGUUUGACAAAGGGAAUGAAAACCUGUAACGUUCAAGUACCUUUAUGACAAAUGGAUGUGGGGAAAUUUUCACUUCAAAUUUAAAAUUAUAAUUCUUAUUCUCACUUUCUUUUCACUUCCAUCACCCAUCUCAAAAUUAGGUCAUUGUGAUGCUAGUACACCUCAUUCAUACACACAUCUUAAGUUGCUUCUUGUAACACAACUAUGAUAUAAAACAGUCUUUGAAGAGUUGUCAUUUUUAACAUUUAUGAUUUUCGUUGGGGUUUGUAUACUUUAAAUCUCCUUACUUUUAGUCCCUUUAUCUUUGGAAAUGUAAGAAAUAUCUGCUUAGAAAUAAGUCUUAUAUAUGCCAAUGGAAUACUAUGGGAAAGAGAAAAUUGGGGUUUUUAAUCAAGGGGAACAAAGCAGCUUCUUUUCUCUUAAAUUCGGGAAUCAAAGGCAGAGGUUUCAUCCCAUUUUCUUCCUAUCACACUCAUUCAAGUUUUUAAAAUAUAUCUGGAAGGAAUUGAAGUUGGAUUCAGAAUUGAUAACUGGCAUGGUGAUGAUAAACCUGUUAACACCAAGGUACUCACAACUAACAGCUGUUUGACAAACAGCAUCUUCCAAAUAAAUACUCACCUCUGUUAUGCAGAAAACUCCUAUCCUGUUGUGAGCAAGUUAGGCUCUUCAAGAGCUGGACAACAUUUUGUGUGAGGUGUUCAAUAUCAAACUGUAUAAUUAUCCAUUUUCAUAUAUACUAUUGAUUUUAAACUCUCAACUAUCAAAAAGCAGAGCUAUUUUUAGGGGGAAAAAGUUGUGAGGACUGAGUUCAGGACACUCUGAAACUGUGCAAUCAGUAAUUUCUUAAAGGAAUUUUUCCUACAAGUAAGAUUUCCAAAAAGUCAGUGUUCUGAGGGAGGAAUCAUGCCUUUUCAUUUCUCCAGGAGAAGAGCACCACGGCUCCUGUCUUGUGUGUCCUUCUGUGUGUGUCUGUCAGGAUCACAGCGGCUGUGCUCUUGGUCCACUUACUCCUCUGUAAUCCACACAUGCAGAUGGGAGUUAAUGAGGUGAUCACUGUCUCCCCAGAAUUCACAGGUCUUUGCCUCUAUAAGUUCUGCCCCUAUGGGGCCAAAAGAAUAUAAAACAAUGUAAGGACCUGCAAGAGAGCGUAAGGAAGGUAGGAAAGGUUUACUUUGUUGGGUUUUCAAGUCUUCAAGUUGAGUAUGAGUCUUAGCUUUUGCUGGAUAGUUGUUCUGGGCAAGUCAUCAGUUUCAUGUGGAGACCUCAGUGCAAGCCCCAGGCUAAUGAGUGAAAGGGGGCCCAUGGUAACACAGCUGAAAUGAAAUGGGGCUUUAUCCAUCUUCUUUGAGAAUGGAGGAGCUUUUGUGAAGCAGAACAUUGUUGCUCAAGAUAAUGGUUAAGUGUUAGAUUUUAUAGAUCUAAUAAGGAAAAUAUUUUAUUAUCUCAAGUUAACAAAACUUUUUUUACCUUUCGAGUGCCUCAUAGGACCAACUAUUACUCUUCGGUUUUUUUGUAUUUUUUUUUAUAUAUUCUUUAACCUUGCUGAGCUAAUGUUGACUGAAAUCUUUAGAACUUUGCCUCUGUGCAAUGCAGUACUGUUUCUCUACCCUAAGAGAUCUAUUUGUAUAAACUCUGGCUGUAAUGAUCACUUUGGAAGAUUUCCUUCACAUCUCUAAUGAUUUCUUUUUAAUGGAAUCAGUCAUAAGGGGGAAUAAAUACACUGUAACCAAUGUUAUGUGCACCCAUGUCCAUACAGGCCAAGGAAGCCAAAACAAGUCAUUAAUAUUUCCAGAAUUCUAGUGUGAAAACCCUGUUUCUGAACAGUGGAGAGAUGGCUUUGUGUAGCACUGGGUGGAUUUUCUCUGCAGACUAAGUCUAGCAAUGAACUUUAGUUUUAUCAGCCUUGUGCUUACCCCAUUUUUAUAAAUGCUACUUUAAUACCCUGUCUUCACAAGGGUUCAUGGCUCCUAGGUUUUCCAGUGGACCUGUCACCUCAUUGUAUUGAUCUGUGGUAGCAUAUUAAUGGGCUCAUUCAACCAAAUGUAAUGUGUGCCUCAAACCUAUUUUAGCAUGGUCCAGGGGCAUCAGCAGGAAAAACUGCCAGGUAUUCCACAAGUGGACUGGCACACAAAGCCCAGCAAGUAUUAGCAGCUCUUCACCAGCCUGCUCUCUACUCACACACUUGCCUACUGAAGGGACCUGUCCAGAGAUCUUCUGGAAUCCCAAGUCAGGAAUCUCUGCAGAAUAUCAUGACAGUUGUGGUCCAUCUAGCUUCUGAGUAGUAAACGAGGAAGCUGCCCUGAGAUAGAGUAAGCUGCCCACCAGCCAUAGUAUUUGCUACUGAAGGCCAGCCUUUUAAUAUAACAUUUCAGAUUUGUCCUUCAACAGUAAUGUAAAUUGCAAGUCAUACUAUUUAGGGGUCUCUUACAGGCCGGGAGCGGUGGCUCAAGCCAGUAAUCCCAGCACUUUGGGAGGCCGAGGUGGGUGGAUCACGAGGUCAAGAGAUCAAGACCAUCCUGGUCAACAUGGUGAAACCCCGUCUCUACUAAAAAUACAAAAAAUUAGCCAGGCAUUGUGGCCCAUGCCUGUAAUCCCUGCUAUUCAGGAGGCUGAGGCAGGAGAAUUGCCUGAACCCAGGAGGCAGAGGUUACGGUGAGCCGAGAUCACGCCAUUGCACUCCAACCUGGGUAACAAGAGCGAAACUCUGUCUCAAAAAAAAAAAAAAACAAAAAAAGGGUCUCUUACAAAUAUGUCUAAAUCGUAUGUCAUUUUUAAGUUCCAAAAGUCUACUGGACUAGGUACUAUCAGACCAGCUGUAGAACCUGAUGGCACUGACCCCAAGUGGAAUAAUCCUCAGAACUGGCAUUUAGAAGAUGAACUGUAGGAAGGUUUUGCUGAUCAGCAGCCUCAGGAUUGAUGAGCUGUCUUUUGGCCUCUGAGCACUAUGGAGGCAGCAUCAGAGAAUCGGAACCUGAGCCAUGUUCUCAAUGUUAAAACAAACCUGUUUAGAAUGACAUAUAAGAGCAAGAAAUCUAUAGCUGGUGUAAAAUACCUUUGCCUUUUCUAUUCUGAAAGUAACUAAUGGCAUCUGUACAUGUGGGGGUAAAAACUCAGAUGUCUAUUCCACCAGGCCACGGACAAGAAAAAGUACAGCAGUCAGAACAAGUGAUUUGCAUUCUCUUCACGCUUUCCUAGACCUGCUGUUGGUAGUGCAGCCCUCGCCCUCCAGACAUAAUGCAUUGAGCCCAGUUGCAGGGAACAUCAUCACUCUGUGUGUGUGUGUGUGUGUGUGUGUGUGUGUGUGUGUGUGUGUGAUGUCACAGUGUUGUAUGUGUGGAGUUUAAUGUUGAGCUGCAGCAAGUUGGUGACCUUCCUCUUUGCUCUUCCUAGAGAAGACACCAGUGUUUGUCAGAGAAAAAUCCCCAGCAGUCCAUGUUCAAGAGGCAGUGUCAUCCACCUGCUGUCCCCUUUGGAACAGUUCAACUGCAGAAAGGUCAAACUGAGGUUUUGUGCUUUGUCAUUUUUCUUUUUUAAAUAAAACACGGCAACCUUGGCUUUUCCGAUAUGGAACAUUUUUGUUGUUGUGGAGUUCCCUCUUGCUGUAUCUUCUAUGCAAUUCCUUUUCUAAAAUCUCCCCCCGGCAGAGGCAGAGUGCCCUCUGGACGUCUGUCGGGCGCCUUGCUCAGCGGUGGAGGUGAGGGAUACCAGCUCCGGGUGUGCCUCUUUUCUCUCCCUGGCUGCCAAUCCCGAUUUUUCCUGCAGUCCCCUUGGUUUGUAAAUUGCCUGCAUUUAUUCUGCCAGCCAACAUGUACAAAAUGUAAGAAAGAAUUUUUAAACAGGUAAUAAAUUAUAUUUAUAAGCAACAAA